AUGCCAUGGAUAGCACUUCUUCUAUACCAUAAUCCGAGGACCAAGUGUGCGGGCUCGCUGAUCAACAGUCGAUAUGUUUUAACUGCUGCCCACUGUGUGGACAGGGAUGAGGUCAGAGCUGUUCGUCUGGGCGAGCAUGACACAUCCACAGAAGACGACUACGGAAUGCAGAUCAAUGGAUUAAGGAGCUGGGCACCUAAGCCCGUGGAAGUAGAAGUUGAGGAAAGUAUCAUACAUCCGGAUUUUAAGUGGCACCAUCUGAGAAACGACAUUGCCCUACUGCGACUCAAGUUGCCAGUACGAUACACACCGGCAAUCAGUCCCAUUUGUCUUUUGGGCCGUCAUAUCUCCUUGGAACCUUAUAGUGUCGCCGCCGAAUACAAAAUAGCCGGAUGGGGCUAUACUGAAAGGGAUAGGGGUAGCAAUGUCUUGCUGAAGACCAAUAUCAUGAGAGUGCACCACGUCAAGUGCAACAGGAAGCACAAGCUCUUGCAGGAGACCCAAAUAUGUGCUGGCGGCCAGUGGGGCAGGGACACUUGUAAAGGCGACUCCGGCGGCCCUUUAAUGGCCUCUUUGGGCAAAGAUUUCGUGUAUCUGGCCGGCAUCACCUCCUAUGCACCUUCAAAAUGUGGACAGCCAGGUGUCUAUACAAAGACUGAAUCGUUUAUCUAUUGGAUAAAGUAUAUGUUAAGGCCUUAAAUUAAGCAGGGAAAUUAUAAAGGUACGACGAACUCUCAGGUAAAAGCAUUUAUUUGUGAU